AGACUGCAAAGAGUGAGAGAGAGAGAGAGAGAGAGGGGAGGGGCAGAGAGAGAACAUAAAGUACAUGAAGUUUGUAUUUAAGUUCCAAAAAGAAGAGAAGAACGGAGAAAGUUACAGACUUGGACACUCAGCAUUAUAUCAGAACCUAAAGACACCUGGACCAACCUGGAGAGAACACAGCAUUAUAUCAGGACCUAUAGACACCUGGAGAGAACACAGCAUUAUAUCAGGACCUAUAGACACCUGGAGAGAACACAGCAUUAUAUCAGGACCUAUAGACACCUGGGGAGAACACAACAAGAUGAGGAUCCUGCUGAUAGUCCUCCUCCUCUCCGUCAUGACAGGUUGUUUGAGCUCCUUCAAAGUGACAGGAUCCUCUGGAGGAACUGUCAUCAUCUCCUGUCAUUAUUCCACAGAAGACAGAAGUCGUGAGAAAUAUUUCUGCUUGGAGCAGAACCGUUUGAGAUGUAAGGAUCAAAUCAGAAGUGGAUUGAGGAACAGCUGGCAGCACAGUGGUAGAUUCUCUCUGUAUGACAACACUGGAGGAAACUACUUCACGGUGAUCAUCAGACAACUGACCAGACAAGAUGAAAGGACCUACUGGUGUGGAGUGGACAAACCUACUGCACCUGACAGUUAUACCAAGGUAGAGCUGGAGGUGAAGAAGGAUGACUGCUGUGAGAAGUCAGUCACAGAGACGGCCGUUCUGGGAGGAGAAGCUACCAUCAGAUGCAUCUAUCCAGAGGACCACGAGGACGACAUCAAGUAUUUCUGCAAGGAACAAGAUCGCUUCAUCUGCAAUUCCAUGAACUCCAAAAACAACAAAAUAUCUGACACCGUACAGCGAUUCUCUGUGUCUGACAAUAGAGGAGAGAGAUUCUCCACAGUGACCAUCAGUGACCUGACUGUAGAUGAUACUGGGACCUACUGGUGUGGAGUAGAAACCAGCAGGACAGAACAACGUUACAUCACACUGAUCACACAGGUGAAGCUGCUUGUUAUAAAUUGGAGGGAUGUCAAACCAAUCAAUGUGACUGAGCAGGUUGGGGAGACUGCCAGGCUCACUUGUAAAUAUCCAGACGACCAUAAGCGUAAUGAGAAGUUCUUCUGUAAAGGGGACAGUCCUUUAACCUGUGAAGAUAAUGUAAGAACUACGGUACAUCAUGAAGUUGUGUAUAAAGGCAGGUUUUCCCUGAGGGAUAACCCCAGAACAACAGUCUUCACAGUGCACAUCAAAGAGCUGAGACCAGAGGAUUCUGGGACAUACUGGUGUGGAUCUGAUAGAAGAUGGAGACCUGCAGACUUCACCAGACUUAUCCUCUCUGUGGUGGCACCAACUACCACCAUCAUGAAAACCAAAACUACAGCCCCACCCACAACCACCUUCCUCUCACUAUCUUCACCAUCAUCAUCAUCAUCAUCAUCACCAUCAUCAUUUUCACCAGCAUCAUCACUCAACGGAUCUGGUACCUCAGAGGUCAUCAUGGUGUCUGUUAGUCUGGUAGUGUUACUGCUGCUGAUCAGCCUGAUCCUAUUCUACAGAUGGAAAUACAACAAGGCCACAGGAUCUGUCUCUUCAACACACAGAGUGAGUCCAGACACAGGAAACAAUGAAGGGGGUUGUCAUGGUGACGGUGACUAUGAGGAGAUAAUGGAGCGCCCCUUACAGUCAGACUCAGAUGCUGCGACCUCCACCAUCUAUGCCACCGCCAACUUACCCACAAGCUACUCUGACUCUCCCCACUACGCCAGCGUCAAUUUCCACAAGAUCCCCAGAUUCCCCGAUGAAGCCAGAGUCACCAUUACUAAAGAGGGCAGGUGCCCCAAUGAUGCCACCGCUUCCAUUGCUAAAGUGGGCAUUUCAUCAUGUGACUACGCUACUGUGAACUUUGGUCAAAGCCCCGUCUACUCUACAGUCAAUCAUCCACACAGCUCCUCUGAGGCUCCUCCCAUCUACUCCACAAUCAGCAAACCCAGAGACACCUGAGUCAAUGGCAACCAAUCACAAGAUACAUACACACACUGGCGACCAAUCACAAGAGACAUAUUUUAACUAUAUGCGCUGACCUCUAUUUCUUUUUUCUCUCUCCAAAGCCAUCACCUACAUAGAGAUGAACCUGGAGUAGAGUCCCCUAAGCAAGCCGGUCCUGGGGCUCUGUUCACAAACACAAACAGACCCCACAGAGUCCCAGGACAG